ACCAGCCCUCCUUUCUCCCUCUCUCCCUCCCCCAUUUUUUGAAAGAUAAACCACCGCUUUGUCAUCUCUCUCUCUCUCCAUCGCCGGCUCUCCGCCGUGACAACCAGUGAAAAAUUCACUGAGAGAUCCUCCCUCCCCUCUCUCUCUCUUCAAAUCGACCGAUUCUUCGAGCCCCGACGGGGGGAGCGGCCGAUCGGCUAGGGCGUUCGGAAGGGGCGGCUAUGUUGGAGGAGAAGAAGCUGCUGAGGGAGGCGAAGAAGCUGCCGUGGGAAGAUCGGCUACUCCACAAGAACUGGAAGGUCCGGAACGAGGCCAACCUCGACCUCGCCGCCCUCUGCGACUCCAUCGCCGAUCCCAAGGACCCCGCCUCCGCGAAUUCGGGCCGCUUUUCAGGAAAACUGUUGCAGAUUCUAAUGCACCUGUCCAAGAGAAAGCGCUAGAUGCUUUAAUUGCAUUUUUGCGAGCUGCAGAUGCUGAUGAUGGAAGGUAUGCGAAGGAAGUAUGUGAUGCAAUUGUUGCAAAAUGCUUGACUGGAAGGCCGAAGACAGUGGAAAAGGCUCAGGCAGCAUUUAUGCUAUGGGUGGAAUUGGAGGCAGUGGAAGUUUUUCUGGAUGCUAUGGAGAAAGCAAUCAAGAACAAAGUUGCUAAGGCUGUUGUCCCUGCAAUUGAUGUUAUGUUUCAGGCAUUAAGUGAAUUUGGGGCAAAAAUUGUACCGCCGAAGAGGAUAUUAGAGAUGCUUCCCGAACUGUUUGACCACCAAGAUCAGAAUGUUCGGGCAUCAUCCAAAGGACUGACCCUUGAGCUUUGUCGUUGGAUUGGGAAAGAUCCUGUUAAAUCCAUAUUAUUUGAGAAAAUGCGAGAUACAAUGAAAAAAGAAUUGGAGGCUGAGCUGGUAAAUGUUUCGGGGACAGCAAAACCAACACGAAAAAUUAGAUCUGAACAAGACAAAGAGCCAGAACAGGAAAUUGUAUCUGAUGUUGUGGGUCCCGGUCCUUCUGAAGAAGCUGUGGCUGAUGCCCCUCAGGAAAUAGAUGAAUACGAGCUUGUUGAUCCGGUUGACAUUCUGACUCCUUUGGAGAAGUCAGGUUUCUGGGAGGGAGUGAAAGCUACCAAAUGGUCAGAGAGGAAAGAGGCGGUCGCAGACCUAACCAAGCUGGCUUCAACCAAAAAAAUUGCUGCUGGUGACUUCACAGAGAUAAGCCGUACACUGAAGAAGCUUAUUACGGAUGUGAACAUGGCUGUCGCAGUAGAAGCCAUCCAAGCUAUCGGAAACUUGGCUAGGGGACUGAGAUCCCAUUUUUCAGGAAGUUCCCGCUCCUUACUUCCGGUUUUACUGGAAAAACUCAAGGAGAAAAAACCGAUCAUGACUGAGGCACUUACUCAAACUCUUCAGGCAAUGCAUAAGGCUGGGUGCUUAAAUCUGGUGGAUGUUGUUGAAGAUGUUAAAGCUGUGGUAAAAAAUAAAGUUCCUCUUGUGCGAUCGUUAACUUUGAGCUGGGUGGCAUAUUGUAUCGAAACAAGUAGCAAGGCAGUUGUUCUCAAGUUGCACAAGGAUUACGUGCCGAUUUGUAUGGAGGGCCUCAAUGAUGGGACGCCAGAGGUCAGAGACGCUGCCUUUUCAGCUUUGGCAGCCAUAGCUAAGUCAGUUGGCAUGAGGCCUUUGGAGAGUUCGCUUGAAAAACUUGAUGAUGUGAGAAAAAAGAAACUCUCUGAAAUGAUUGGGAGUUCUGGAGGCGCUGUUCCAACUGGUGCUGGGGCAGCUACUGUCCAAGCUUCUGGUGGGAUCUCUUCCUCAGUGGAGGUUGUAGACAGUUCAUUUGUUAGAAGGUCAGCUGCUAGCAUGCUUAGUGGAAAGAGGCCACUUCCUGCUUCGAAUCCGGGCAAAAAGGGAGGCACCGUCAAAUCUGGUGGCGGAAAGAAGGGAGAGGGAACUGCACAGGCUAAACCUUCGAAAGCUGUUGUACCUGAAGAUGUGGAGGCGAUAAUAUUCCUUUGAAAGUUUAUUGCUUUGUCUUGAAUAGGGGUUUGCAACGAAAUUGCCCAAACUGGGAACCAACCGGACCGGACCGGACCGAACCGGCCGAUUUUGGAUGGUUCCCAUGGUUUGGGGCUAGUUCUCGAUUCCUAAUCUUGGAACCGGUGGCUGGUCGGUCCGGUUCUUAAUUCCAAGGUAGGAACCGAACUAAACUGGACCGAUCGGACCAAACAAUUUUUUUUUUUAUAUAUAUUUUAUAUACAUCCAAUUAAUAAAAUAUAUAAACAUGAUAAUUUAUUGUAA